AUGGCCCGAAUUCCAUACGCGAGUGCGGUGGGUAGCUUGAUGUAUGCUAUGGUGUGCACGCGUCCGGAUAUAGCCCAAGCAGUGGGAGUCUUGAGUCGAUACAUGUCUAACCCGGGUAGAGAACACUGGAAUGCGAUCAAAAGAGUUUUCAAGUAUCUUCGUGGAACUUUGAAUUUUUCUUUAUGUUUUAAAGGUACAGGGAAUGGAAACAUGUUUGAUAUCGUAGGCCAUGUAGAUGCUGAUUGGGGUGGAGAUAUUGAUAGUAGACGGUCCACUAGCGGAUAUGUUUUCACAUUGUUUGGUGCUGCAUUGAGUUGGAUGAGCAGGAGGCAAAGCGUGGUAGCGCUUUCUUCUACUGAGGCUGAGUAUAUGGCUCUUACUCAUGCUGGAAAAGAGGCCGUAUGGUUACGGCGAUUGUGCUUGGAGCUCGGUUUUGAGCAAGGUGCCAUAGAGGUGAGAUGUGAUAAUCAAUGGGCUAUUUAUUUAGCUAAGAAUCCAGCAUUUCACUCACGCACAAAGCACAUUGAUAUACAAUAUCAUUUCAUCCGAGAAAAAGUAGAGAAGAAAGAGGUUCGGCUUGUAAAGGUCGACACGGUAGAAAAUAGUUCUGACUUCCUUACUAAAGCCGUCACAGGUGCGAAGUUUGAAUGGUGCUCUCUGCGAUUGGAUUGA